AUGAAGUUUGGUAAAUAUUUAGAAGGUAGAGAAUUGGAACUACCUGAAUAUACCGGCUAUUUUAUGGAUUAUAAGGCUUUGAAAAAAUUGAUUAAACAAUUGAGUUUGCCUAAUGGUGAUGUCUCCUUAAACACUGGUGAUGUUAACAGUAUAAACUUCCAUUCAAAUGAUAAUCCAUUCCAGGAUCCAAACAGUUACAAAAGGUUACAAAAUAAUAAAGCUUCUUUUUUUUUUAAAUUGGAAAGAGAAUUAGAGAAAGUGAAUUCAUUUUAUUUACAGAAGGAAUCAGAUUUAAAGAUUAAAUUCAACAUCCUUUAUUCAAAAUAUGUAAAUUAUAGGUCGAAUGGGAGGCUCAAUUCCAGAAAUAGUUUGACUUUCAAAUCUAUCUAUGGUAGGUUUAUUAAAUUCCAAAAAGAUCUUAUAGCUUUUGAACAAUAUGUGGAAUUAAACAAAACUGGGUUUUCGAAGGCUCUAAAAAAAUGGGAUAAACGGUCUCAUUCACAAGACAAAGAUUUCUAUCUAGCCACCGUGGUAUCUGUUCAACCGGUUUUCACUAGAAUAGAUAUUUCUAAAUUAAAUGAUGAAACAUUAAAUAUUCUAAUGGAAUUGAAUGAUUUACAAAAUAAUAACACAACAAAUGAUGAUAAUUCAACAAAUUUGGAAAAUAAAAGAACCACUCUAGCAAAUGGCACUCCAAGCACAGUGAUUAGUACUAGGACACCACUUGUAGAUUCCUUUAAAUAUGAUUUGAGUCCCAUGAAUCUCACAACUCCAUCCGAAGCCUUCGUUACAACGCCAAACGUUUUGAACAAUUAUAUAGAUUUUGAUUCAGAGAUUGAAGAAUGGUAUUUGGAACUAAUAAAUAUAUCAAAAUUAAAGGAUGAUGAUAGAAGGAAAGAAAAUUUGGCAACUUUUUAUAGUAAUAAAAUUGCACCCUUUUUCAAUAAUGUCAAUGAUUUGUCACAAGAUUCAAAAUAUUCAUAUAACCAACCAAUUGUUGAUUUGUUAUCAAAGCUAUUUCUUUUAUUGGUUGGUUCAAAGAUGAAAGACUCUGAUCUUGAAAUAUUUUACAGUACAAUUAAAAGCAUGAUCGACUUAGGUUAUUUAGAAGAGGAUGAUCAGACAUAUUCUAAGAAAAAUAUACUACAUCAGGCUACACACUGUUCUAGUGAUAGUAGAGAUUUCGUUAUUAGAGAAGUGUUGAAAACACUUUCACAGGAGACAUUAAAAAUUUUGGUAAAUGCAGUCGAAAUUCAUAAAAGAACACCCCUUCAUUUUGCGGCAGAAUUAGGAAAAUUAAAUUGUGUUCAACUGUUGUUAAGUGUUAGAGGGAUUGAUCAUACCAUUAAUUCAAUUGAUGAUGAUUAUGAUUCGCCUUUGGUCCUUGCAAUUAAGAAUAAUCAUAUUGAUAUCAUAUAUGAAUUAUUGAAAAAUCAUGUAGUAUUGAAAUCAUUGAUCAGUCCUGAAAAUUUUCAGUUUUCACCUUUACUCGUAGCCUGCAAGUAUAAUAAUUUUAAAGCUACACAAAUUAUUUUAGAUAUUUUUAAAGCAAAUGGAAUAGAUAUUAAUACGGUGGUCAAUACAGAGGGAUUAGGCCCCUUGCAUGUUACAAGUAGAUUGGCUGAGGAUACCACAGAUUUACUUAAACUUUUAAUUAAUCAUGCUGUGAACCCGAAUGGAAUAGAUGAUUUUAACAAGUUUAGUCCGAUUUUCUAUGCUAUAAAGGCUUGUAAUGUUAAAGCUGUUAAAGUAUUGUUACAUAAUGGCGCUGAUAUUGAGAUUACAGAUGAACAUGGAAGAGAUCCAAUGUUUUAUGUUCUUUGGGAGAGCGAUGUAGAGGUUCUUAAUGAAUUUUUACCGUAUAUGCAGAAAAAAUGCUUCAAGAAGAAGAACGAAUUUAAUGUAGUAGACACUACUUUAAAGACGUUGCAAGUUCCUUUAUUAGUUGAUAGUUUCUCAUUGUCAGGAGAUGAAUUGAAUGAUUCAGACCAUAGUUUGAAUGAUAUCCCAGAUUUUGCAUUGCCGCCUCCGAUAAUCCCAUUAAAAAAGUAUGGUCAUAAUUAUUUAAUACAGAAGAUAUCUGUUAAAUUAAUCUUUGAAAGAAAUGGGAAAUGCAUUCACUUGAAUUCUGCAGAUGAGACUAUCGUUGUUCCUGAUGCAGGAAGAAUGACGGUGAUUUCAAACUAUCCAGAUAAUUUACCAAGGAACAUUAUUCUUCAUGAUAGUAUGGGGGGUAAUGGAAGCAAUUACCUUGGUAAAUGUGAAGAAGAGAAUAUAUUCGAAGGCUCUAAUGAAGUAAUAUUUCAAGUUGAUACUUUAAAAGAUUUAGUAGUUGAUUUUGAGAUUUAUCCAGAAUUUGGUACCCGAUUGAUUGCAAAAACUACAUGUAUGCCAUUUUUAUUUGAAAAAUUUAACAAAAAUCAACAAGAUGAGAUUUUUUUACCUUUGUUUGAUUCAAAAUUGAACAACAUUGGUAACUUUAAGUUUAGAUAUCAGAUUAUUUUUCCUUAUAGUGGUAGGCCUUUGCAGAUUGAUAAAUACGAGCCAUACUGGAAAUCUACAUCUAAUAAUGGUAAUAGUGGGUGUGGUAAUAGUGGUAGUAGCAUUAUUACUAAUAACCUAGAUACUGUAAUUUCAAACGAUCUGACAUCUUUUACUCUUGGGAAUCCGUUGUUAAAAAAUGCUACUGCUGCUAAUAAUAAUAGUAAUAAUAGUGUUAUUAAUACACAAGUGCCGCAUUAUAUUACAUCCUCAUCUAUCUAUGGUUCAUUUACCAAGAUCAAAAUACAUUGUUUAGAAGAUGGUACAUUAGUCACAUCACCAAAUUGUUUUAUUGAAUUUAAUGGGGUCAAGUUUUUAUUGUCAAGUUUGAAUAAAACACAAUUAAACGUCUUAUUAUCAAAGGAUAAUCUAUCCGAUAUUAAAGCUGAAGAUAUAGAGACCGAGACUAAGUUAUUAGAUGUUGUUAAUACAAGAACUUUACUGUUUAAAGAUUUACUACAAUUGAUUCCAUACAAUUUACAGUUAGUUAUUCAAGUGUGUUAUCCUACAGAUAAUGAAAGAGAAUUGGUUGUGAAGGAUGUUUCAAGUGAGACAGGUUUAAACAAAUAUAUUGAUAGAAUUCUGUUUACUGUGUUUGAACAUGAAAGAAUGUUGAGACAUACAUUUGGUAUAUUAAGGUCUAUAAUUUUCAGUUCCUGCAAUUGGAAAGUUUGCUCUAUCUUGAAUUGGAAGCAACCUAAUUUCCCAGUGUUAUUAGAGAUGAAUUCAUUAAUAUUGAAUGAUAAGUACAAAGACAGUAGGUUUAUUUUAGAUACACCACAUAGACUAAAAAGUAUGAUAGAACAAGGAGAGGGAGAAGAAAAGGGAGUCGAUAUGAUAGAUAAGAAGAUUCAUAUUAGAGAGAUGGUGGAAUUUGCAGUAAAUAACAAUUUAUUUGGGGUGAUUAUACCACAUGUUCUGUUGGAGAUCUGUGAAAAGAUGGGAACCACUAUUAAGAAUCAAGAAUUGUUAUUGAUUGGUUCUAUGUAUGGGAAUAAAGAUAUUAGUAUGGAUUAUACUGAUGCAGACAGGAAGGUAAAUGGUAUUCUAGUGGAUUCUAAACUUGUGAUUAACAGAGAUAAAUUAUGA